AAUUUCUUAGUACAACGCUUUUGCUAAGGAUUCUGGUAACGCUUAAGUCUAGCUCGUAAAGGAGUCUGGGUACAUUAAACUGCAUGACUUUCUAUACAUAUACAGGCUUUUGUAAUGAAUAGUGUGCAGAUGGUUGUGGAAUUAAUCUAUAGUCUAACAGCGGUAUGUGAAGUAUGUAUUGUCUACACUAGGUUUACCAAUAGUGAAGGCUCAUAAAGAAGACUAGUCAUUCAAUCCCAAUAUUUGUUGACUUAGUAGUUGUCAAAAUAGGAAUUAAGGGCUCAAUCAAUGACAGAUCUCAUUAACGUUAGAUCUGCUAGACUACAUCAUCCGUCACAGUUCUUUGUUUAAGGAAAUAAAACGCUUGAUAACCAGCCACAAAGGCUGUACGACUUGUUACAGUUAAAUACCUAUUGUACCAUCCUUUCGUAUGCUGACAAAAAGACGAGGAAAGAAGAGCCGCUUUUUUAACUUACUAAAGUAGUUGAUCGGAGUUUUCAAAUGUUUUAAAGCAUCAGAGAGAAAGAUUAGGAGUAAUUGGAAGUGUACACUAACUGAAAUCCUCUCCAGACGAAUUUAUAAAGAAAGUUGGUAGUGGACAAGCGAAUAUUGAAUCGAAAGUCUGGCACAAGGCUAGGAAGUACGAGAUGAGGUUAGACUAAAACUCGAUGAAAUCGAGAGAUCUGAGAGUUUGAAGUGGAAAGACGCAGAAUUCCUAAAUCAAGAAAACUACGCGUUAAACAAGAACUAUUGGCGAGCGAUAAGGUUGGAUUGCAACAUGCCUUUCAUCAAAGUCAACUUGAACGGCCGGAAGUACGUCAUUUCAGGCCUGACGGAAAGGACGUCCAGUAAACAUAUCUUGUGUUCCUUGGCGAGGGUCGAUUCAACGUUUCAAUUGGAAACCACUGAUUUCAGUGACAUGUCUGUGGAAGUGGUGGAACGGGACAAAGAAGUCCGGAACUCGAGAUCAAGAACACGGCAAAAGCGAGUGCGUCAUAGUUCAACAUCAUCGUUAGAAAUUACAGAAUGGAAGAAUUGUUUACGAGGUGCUGUGUCAGAGAAAAGCUGUCUAAGACACGUUUGUGUCAUGGAUAAUAAGAAAAGACAAGAAUUGGACGAGGCAGCGAGUAGGUCGAAGGCAGGAAAGUGUUCAAGAAAGCUGCUUUUUGCAGAAACAGCCCCAGGAAAAGAAAAGAGUUUGAAAUCUAAAAGUGAGUUUCCCAAGAGGAUACAAGAAACAUCUUCUGAGGACCAAGGAGUUACAAGAAAUGGAAGAGAAAAUGAAAAUGAAAAAGGGGAAGUGAAAAGAAGGAAAAGGAAAACGAAGAAACGUCCCGUUAGUCAGGAUAUCACGUCUUGGAAAGACAAAAAUGAGAGUAAGGAGAGUGGAGGAAAAACGAAAUUUGGGGAAAAAGAAUGGAAGUCAGCAGAUGACGUAAGAGAAAACAAAUCAUCCCAUGUUUCAUCUUGCGAAAAAAUGGAUGAAAAAAUGGGGAAAAAACGAAAGAAAACAGUCGAACACCACAGUCGCAAACCAAAACAUUUGCAUUGCCAUAAAAGUGAUACGAAAUCUGGAAACAAUGAUCAAUACAUUGUCGUAGAUGCGAUCAAUAAACCGUCGGAAUAUCGUCGUGUUCAUAGGCAUGUUCGCGAAGAGCUUAACAAAAUCAAGAUAGAAAAGGUUGUGAGCCGAACUGUUGACCAGAGGUUGGCAGACUUCCACGUGGCAUGCUUACAUUCCUCUCAAAGAAUUCAUCCCGGAAUACAGCAACAAAACGAAGAAGAAACGAAACGAAAACUCAUUCAGCUGAUCAACAGUCAAAGAAAAUGCUUGAAAGCUCUCGGCAAAGCCGACAAACAAACCAAGAAGGCUUUGAAUCGUUACAAGAGAUAUUUAGAUCUUGAUAAAGAAAAAAUCCCACUCUACAACGUGAGUUUUGACAGAGAGAAAAUUGUUAAAGAAAGAGAAAGAAGAAGCAGCGAUACAGACCACGAUACUGGAAUAAGCGAGCAACACUCUGACAGCUCCACUGAAAACAAACAGACAACUAUCUAUGACUUGUAUAAGUAUGACGUCAAAAUCAAUGGUGUCGUAAGUGAUGACGUCAUCAAAAGUGGCGAGGAGAUGGAGAACGAAGAAUCCAAAACUGUAGAUUCUCCUUCGAUUGAGGACGACAAAACAUGGGACAUUAUGGGGAAAGUCAAUUCAAAGACCGAUGACGUCAGUAAAAAUGACCUAACUGUUGAUCCCGUGAAAAGUUAUGACGUCAUAAAGAGCAAAGACUUGGAAACUCUUGACGUUAUCAAUAAUGAUCUUUUAAAUAACGUAACUGAAGAUGUUGCGGAAAUGGACGGCUUUGACAAUGAACACGUCAUAAAUGACGUUGAAGUCAGUGACUUUGGAAAAGGUAACGAAAGCGAUCAAGACGUCAUUAUUGCAAAGCAAACAGAAAUCUUACCAUACGACCAAUCAGAAAUCAGCUCGACUGCCGUUCCUUGCUGUUCAGCGGAUUCUUUCACAGUGAGCACGGUGAGUGAAAUAUCUGAUUACUGUUCCCAUAGCAACUCCAUAGACUCACAACCACGUGACAUUCAAGGAUGCCAGGAGGUGUUGAUGCAAGAGAAAGCGAGAGAACUGGAACUAAAGCAAAAAAUCGACCGUUUUUCGGGUGAGAUGAGACUGAUGGACCUAAGAAUCCUCGAGCAAAACAAAAUGGCGGACGUCUUGGAGAGUUUGAAGAACCUUAACAAUGAACUUGUAAGAGACGAUAAAGAAACCGAACCCGAUGAACAGACCUUAAAAAUUGAAAAGAAAAACCUAAGAAAGUCAAUAAAGCUAAGCAUGAACCUCUACGAGUACCAAAAAGGAGAGAUGAAUGAUAAUGCUCUCAGCUUGCAGAUAAUUGAAGCACAAAUCAAACGCAAGCGAUGGCACGUUGAAUCAGCCGUUAGGGACUUGGGACACUUUGUUACCAGUUCUUUACGGACACAGUUGGAACGGAUCCAGUCCCUUGAAGAAGUGGCUGGGAUAAAAACGAGUGUAGUGUUCAAGCCACAGCUUAAUGGUACCUUAGUAUAAAUAUCAAAAUGAAUUACGCUCAUAUUCUUGGUUUCAA